AGCCUUAUAUUUUGAAAUCAAGCUCGCCGGAAACCACCGGCACGCCAUCUAUCUUUGGGAAAAAGAAAAUUGUUUUAAAUCUACCACAUGUUUCAUUAGAUGACAGCUUUUCUUUAACAAACAUAGCCCAUAAUCAAUUAUUGUGGCACAAUUUGUACGGCUAUUAAAUUCCAACUACAGUUUUGGAGAUAUAAGUAGCCACUCGUGCCAAUGAUGAACAUGCGAGGACCACGACCUAUGCCUCGACCCGGUGGUCCCCAUGGGCACCCAGGGGGACCAGGCCCAGUGCGACCCCCUGGGCCUGGAAUGAGACCCCCGGGGCCACCUGGUCCCCCUGGCAUGCGACCCCCAAUGGGACCUCCUGGGCCACAUGGAAUGGGACCAGGACCAAUGGGUCCGGGACCUGGCCCCAUGCGCCCUCAAGGGCCUCCAGUGGGGCACAACAUGGGACCAAAUAUGGGACCAGGGGGGCCUGGGGCCUCGAACAUCACCAAUGAUCCCAGGGGUGCUCACUGUCGCCUGUUUGUGGGCAACCUGAACACCAUCGCCAUGAAGAAGGAGGAUGUGGAGGCUAUAUUCUGCAGGUACGGAAUGGUUCUAGGUAUAUCGAUGCAUAAAGGAUAUGCGUUCGUGCAAUAUGGAAACCCGGAAGAGGCUAAAAGAGCAGCCAUGUCUGAAGAUACCAAAACAUAUGCUGGCCAGACUUUAGAUAUAAACAUAGCCUCAGAACCAAAGAAGGGUAACAAACGGUCAGCACAGACGUCAAAUUCCAAUACCUCAACCUCAGGGAGUCCCGCCCAGAAGAAGUUGCGGGCGGCAGACGAGGCAGCUGCUACAGCUAGUGGGCGUCAACUGGUGUCAUUGGGCUCGGGCUUGAAAGGAGCCACCAUUGACGCUUCAAGCACUUCCAUCACUCUUUCACGACCCACUGGGAAGGCACUGAAGAAGACCACCAUAUCAACGGGCAAUGACAUUUUGAUAUGUGGCAACUGCAAGUCCCUCCACAGCAGCCUUGCCACCUUUGUGCAGCACAAGAAGAACAAGUGUGAGCUGAAGAUACAGUGCAAGUGUCACCAGCCCACCACCCCCAGCCCCAGCACACCCACUGAGAAGGACAAGGAGAAUGGGGCACAGAAAGGCGGGGUCGAGCCUGCGCGCCAGUUGCUGUGUGCCGUGUGUGAUGCGGAGUUCCCCACAGCCUGGGACCUGUGUCAUCACUGCCAAGAGGAACACAACAUUGCCAUCUUCAAGGAGAACACAGAGCAUCCAGAUGUCAAGAAUGAAGUGAAUGGAGAAGACGUGAAGUGACCAUGAUUGCCAUAGAAACCGAUUUUUCUGAGGGGGAAUGUAGAAUGCAGUGUAUGUAUUGAUUUCUAGAAGUAUCAGAACAUUUGUGUUCGUUGAAAUUGUUUGUUAUGAUUAUAAGUUGCAUACACAUGUCUGUGAAAGUUUAUUGCAAUAGUUGUAUUGCAUUUAAAUUUCAGGAACAUAUUUGACCAGCAUAUACAUGUUUUGAUCAUGUAAUCUCAAUUCAUUUUUGUCAUUCUGUAUUUUACAUUGUUCAUGUUUACGAUGUUGUCAGUUUCAGUUUGGCCGGAUACAAACGAGGGGCAUAAUUAUGUAAUAUUUACUGUGCUAUGUAUUGGUCAGACUGUAAUUGUACAUUUUAAUUGCCACUUUUAUGUAUAGUUUUGUGAAGUUUUGAUAACCCUGUUCCUAUGUAUUAAAGUUGGUUAGCAAGUUUGGUCAAGUGCUGUUAAAAAUUGUCCUGCCCUUGUGAUUGUUGCCAUUUGUAUGUUAGUGAAUAACCAUUGUACAUGUGAGUGUGUGUUUGUAAGAAAUAUGUUGGCCAUAUGAGUAAUAAUCAACUUAUAAGAAAUGUAGUUGUCUUUUAUUUGAUACCUGCUCUUGUUAAGCCUCAGUGCACACGUACUUAUGAACAUCAUGUAUGUUUGUAAGGGAACGAUUCACAGUUUGGGAUUACAAUGUUUUACCCACCGGUAAUGAAAUAUUAAACAUUUCAAGUGGAAUUUUGUGUUUGUAUGUUAUGGUGUUAGGUGCCUUGAAUGCCAAACCUACAGUCCAAUCUUGGUAUUCAUAUUGGCAAUUUUGUGUAAAGAUUUAAUCAUAGACAUAAUUUUCAAGAACAACCAAAAACAUUUUGCUAGUCAGGAACAAAAUACUAGUUUUGUUGGCACAAAAAAAAAUCAGUAUUAUAAAAUUUAUUAUUAUUAUAGCCCCAAAAGACAUAUAUAAUAGUAGAAAAUUCUUUGUUUAUAAAACAUAACUUGCAGCCCCAAACAGAUGAAAGUUCCCAUUUAAGUGAUGGUCUAUGUUUGGUUGACGUUAAUACCGAUUUUAGUAGCACUGUUGUAGCUGGAUCAUUUUGCUUGAACAUAUUUUAUGAUUAUAUGUGCAGUAUGUUUCAUCAUUAAUAUCUUGUUUUUGAGCAUAGAUAAAAUAUGAAGUACAGCAACAAACAAAAAACAUUUAUUUUAGAACUGGACAUUUUUGUUUUGCUAUUUUGCUAAGCAGUACAUUUGUGAACUUGUUUGCAGAUUUCUGUUUAUGUAAGUUUUUGCAUCUGACAUGUAAUUGUAUUGACUUGUAAAUUUUCACUGGAAUAAACACUAUCUGAUGUGGAUGAAGACUUUUUCUUCAUUUUAUACAUUUUUUCUCCUCGUUAAAGAUGGGUUUUUGUUUUCUUUUACAACAUUGUUUUAAUUUUGUUUAAAUGACAGUUAAAAAAAUAAUUGCAAAUAUCAUAUUUUAAGUCAAUUAAGCAUUGGAUGCGAGUUAUUGUUGUGCAAUUGAGCAACAUUUUGAUAAAUGGCUUAUAAAUCACAAAUGUAUAUACAUACAGAUUUCAUUGAUUUAUCUCACAUAAUAUUUAAAAAAAAAUCUUACCAACAUUACUUAUCAUCGUUAUCUUUGCAUAACCACAAUGUGUCAAGUAGGGGGGAUUUUAUACACAAAAAUACUUAUUAUUUUUACAUGAAUACAGUAUCUGAAGAAUUAAUCAUUAUGUUGUAUGUGUGUGUUGCUUUUUCGUGCAUUUUUUUUUUUUAAAGGUUGCAUUCAUUAAAAACAAGAACUAGUUAAGUAUUUUGUUAACGAUCACAAUUUACGUCCAGAAUAAGUAUUAUCAACUAUUAAUUUAAUUACAAUUUCUGUUCCAGUGUUUACAAAAAGAUUGUCAAUAGUUUUGUUAGAGAUGACCAUGGAUCUUGUUCCAUAAGCAUUUAAAUAUUGUAACAAAAUACCUUUUAUCAAACAAUAGAGCUUAAUAUGUUUGUAGACAAAGAAAGAAAAGGAAGGCCUUGUUCAGCUCAUUGUUAAUAAUAAUAACAUUAAAUUUAUUUUUUAAUGUCAUUUCUAUUAUAAUUCUGAGUUGCAAAGUAUUCACUAUGGCAUCUAAAUUAAUCUUAAAGAGGUAAGUGAGAUACAGACAAAACUUAAUCUAGAACACUUCACUUUACAUUUAGAUGUAUAAUAAUCAUUAAAAAUUCCUGUGAUUUUCUAAAUUUGUAUAAUGACAAACAAGGUCGUUUAGUAUUAUCUGAUUGUAAAUGUGUUUUUUUGUGAUAUAAGAAAUAUUGUUUGUAGAACUUAAUUUUUUAAGCAUUCUUUCUCAGUCAAUUGCAUAUCUUAAAAGUAGUGCCAAAUAACAACAGGUGCAUCAACAAAGAGUAAGAUUAUAUUGCUGUGUGUUUAUUAUAUUUUUCUAAUCCUCACGUUUUGAAAUAUGUUCUUGUAUUUCAUUUUCCACUGAACAAUAACACAGUUCAAGUUUAGAUUGACUGCACUGAAAUCCUUCAAAUUGAAGUCAGUUUCAAACCGUUCCAAGGAAAGAAUCGGUACUAAAUGCUUAUCUAUAAAUAUUCAUUCAAGCCAAUGAGGCUGAAGCGAUUGGUACUUGGCUACUUGUGAAAGAUUUCAUUUUAGCUCCAACAGAAUAAUAUUUUCUUCUUAUUUUAUAUUCACUGCAUGAUACGCAGGUUUCUGAUACUGUUUAACGGCAUAAUGUUCUUCAUCAAGUUUCAGACUUGAAAUAAAGUUAUUUGUUUAGUAUUGGCUGUAGCAUCGUACUCUAUAUAUAGAAGAGUAGCCUAGUUAAUACUGCAAAACCUCAUUUAACAGAUUUUUUUUCAUAUCAUUGUUCAUACAAGUUUACAAUUUUAAGUAGUUUUAGAAACUUAAAACCUGGUUUUUGUUGGAAUACUGUUAAACUCUUAGAAUAAUAAUCUCCUGUAUCAAUAAUAACUAAGCAGUAUGUUUUGUGAAAUUGUGGUUCAUAUCAGGUGUAUGGUAUAUUUAAUAUACAGAUGUGUAUCAUUCAUAUAUUUUUUAUGCGUAUAUUACAUAUAUAUUUCUUUAAUAAUUUUAUACAGUAUUAUAUUAUUAUUGCGUGGAAAACGACAAAGGAUUAAAAAAAAGAUAUUCACUUUUUAGCUCACCUGAUUGCUCAGGUGAGCUUUUGUGACCGGUCUUUGUCUGUCGUAUGUCCGUCCGUCCGUUAAAAUUUGCUUGUUAACACUCUAGAGGCCACAUUUCUUGUCCCAACUUAAUGAAACUUGGUCAGAAGCUUUGUCCCAAUGAAAUCUCGGCCAAGUUCGAAACUGGGUUGUGCGGGGUCAAAAACUAGGUCAAAAAAAGAAAAACCUUGUAAACACUGUAGAAGUAACAUUUCAUGGCCAAUCUUCAUGUAACUUUGUCAAAAUAUUUGUCUUAAUGAUAUCUUGGUUGAGUUCAAAAGUGGUUCCAAUCCGUUGAAAAACAUGGCCGCCAGUGGGUGGAGCAGUUUUCCUUAUUUGGCUACAGAGAAACCUUGUUAACACUCUAGAAGUCUCAAUUUUUGCCAAAUCAUCAUGAAAGUUGGUCAAAACAUUGGUUCAAUUGAUGUCUCGGACGUGUUCAAAAAUGGUCGAGAUCGGUAAAAAUAACAUGGCAGCCAGUGGGCGGGGCAUUUUUCUCUAUAUGUAUUUUGUGGCAGUUUUCCCUAUUUGGCUAUAGAGAAACCUUGUAAACACUCUAGAAGUCACAAUUUUUGCCCAAUCAUCAUGAAAGUUGGUCAAAAUAUUGGUUUUAUUGAUAUCUCAGACAAGUUUGAAAAUGGUCGGGAUCGGUGAAAAAACAUGGCCGCCAGUGGGCGGGGCAUUUUUCUCUAUAUGUAUAUAGUGAAAACGUGAACACAGUAGAAGUCACAUUUUUGGCCCAAUUUUCACGAAAUUUGCUCAGAACAUUUGUUUCCUUGAUACGAGAGUUGAGUUAAAAAAUGGUUCCGGUCAGUUGAAUAACAUGGCUGUGGGGAGGGGGGCAUUUUUCUCAUUAUGCCCCCCCCCCCCCUUUCGAAGAAGAGGGGGUAUAUUGUUUUGCUCAUGUCGGUCCGUCCGUCCACCAGAUGGUUUCCGGAUGAUAACUCAAGAGCGCUUAUGCCAAGGAUCAUGAAACUUCAUAGGUACAUUGAUCAUGACUCGCAGAUGACCCCUAUUGAUUUUCAGGUCACUAGCUCAAAGGUCAAGGUCACAGUGCCAAAAAUCGUAUUCACACAAUGGCUGUCAAGGUCACGGUGACUCAACUUAGAAAAAUGGUUUCCGGAUGAUAACUUAAGAAUGCUUACGCCUAGGAUCAUGAAACUUCAUAGGUACAUUGAUCAUGACUCGCAGAUGAAAUAAUGAUGAAACUUGACCAGGAUGUUUGUCUGGACAUUAUCUAGGUCAAGUUUGACAUUUGGUAAAGAUUGAAUGAACCGACUCCUCUCAGGUGAGCGAACUAGGGCCAUCUUGGCCCUCUUGUUAAAGUAAAUUCUUCAGUUUGUUUUUGGUUUUUCUGCUUUUUUAAAUCUGGUUAAUGUGUUCCAGUUAUGUCAGUUUUUGUUUACGACGUCAUUCAUGUCAUAUUGGAGAAGUAACCUACCUUUUUGGAAGUAUGGAGUUCAUCUAAGAAUGUUGGAGUUAUGUCCAUUCUGCAAGUAAGUUUUGUUCAUGCUGAUUCCGUUAUUAUUUAGUAUUAUUUGGUGUGCCACAUACAAGUGUUAUGGUGCAACAUAUUUCACUCUUAAACGAUCAGUUUGAAGUCAUUCUUCAUUUUUCUAAGCAAUAUAGUUAACACUUGUUUUGUGCUUUUUGUGUGUUAUGUUUUUUAGUCAGUAAUUGGAGGACCUAUUGCAUCUUUUGGUUCGUGAGUUCAGACCCAACUUUCUAAAUGCUUUUCAUUGUUAUUGAAACUGCAUUCAAAUAUUUUUGAAUGCAGACAAAUUAUAUUAGCCUAAUUUGACUCAUUUGCUGGUUAUGUUCAAACAGGGUAGAACGUCAGCAAAUUGUACGUUUGCUGAGUGGGUGCAUGCUCUGCUCUCAGUCAACCAUUUAUUUCUUUACCUUUAAAAAUAAAUUUGGCAAGUUGUACAAAGUUGUACAUGCUCUGCAAUAAGUUCAGUAAUAGGUCAGAAAUAAUUACCUUCUCUGUAUAUACUUGGCACAAGGUCAACUCAGCCCUUUAUCAGCAUAGCCAUGUACCAAAAAUUAUUACUUUAUAUAUGUGUAUACGUAAAACUCAUUCAGUUCAGCACUUAUCCAUUACAGUCAUCUUGUAUUUGUAUAUUGUCUUAAUUCUUAUCUAAGUCUGUUUCAAGCUAAGGCAACACAGCAUUUAACCCUUUCCCUCUCAGUAGCAAAGUGAAAAUGGCUAUGUGCAAACAGCAUAAAACCAGAACAGCCUGCGAGUAACUCGCAGUCUUUCAGGUUUUGUGCUGCUUGCUGCUCAUCAGUAUCCUAGGGUUGGAAAUGAAGCCUUUAAAACUUGAAUCUUGUAAGAAAGGUCUUAAAUUACAUUUAACUUUCUAAGGGACUACAAAUGCAUGAAAAUACGUAAUUAAGUGGUAAAGGGUUAAUCAGCGUUACUCUUAAUGUCUGUAUUUACGACGCUCUAGAUCAGCAUAACAUUUAUCAGCUACUAUUAGUAUUACAGUGGGGCUGAACAUAUUCAGUACAUCGUCAGCUCAGAUCGAGGUUAUCAAAUAUUGAUCUCAUAGGAUGUCUUUAUACCUUGCAUUAAGUUGGUAUGCAAGUGCUGCUUGAAAUGAAUCUGCAAAAUCAAUUUUAUGACUAAAAAAUAUUUAAGCAGUAAGCGAGCGGCUGUCACUGCCUGUAUAAGGCAAACGGAAGCAGAGAUGUCCCGCAUGUGGUUUGUGUAUCCGUUGCAGACUGGUAGCAAAUAUAAAUGGAGUGAACAAUUUACAAGGCGUGACUAUUUUCCUAUUGACAUUAAAUCGCUCAUGAUCACUUUAAUCACAGGAUAUUUCCCUACUUGUUUUAGAUAGAUGGGAAUUUUCCUCAGGUUGUUAUUGCAUGUACAUAUUUUCAUGUAUUUUUUAUCGUUAAUGAUAGUAUUUCGUUCCAUAAAAGAUUUGUAUUUUUCCACAUACUCUUUGUUGCUAGUUAACGAAUAGUAACAGGAAAGGCAUUCGCUAUACAUGGUCAUAACAGGCAUACAGGCUUACAUAUUUGCGCGUUUUUUGUGCACUUGAUUGCUGUCUAGUUUUUUUUUGUAAAAAUAAAUAUGCAAAUGCUAUUAAUGGUUUUGAAACAUUUUAAAAAUUAUUUUUUAAACAUGAUAUGGUCAUGAAACGGUUUAUAAUUACAGUGCUAUUUAAAAUGUACGCCUAUUGAACGACAUUUUCCAAGAUAUGCACCGGUGUGGUUAAUGGUUGUGUAUUUUAAAACAUUCUUUAUGUUUGUUGAAUUCCUUUUUUAGUUUUUGAAGGGGUUGAUUUUUGGAUUCAAAUGCGGUUUCCUUAGGUUUCGUUUAAUUCACUAUUCUAUAGCGUAUUGUACGAUUUUUUUGCCAUGUUGUUUUGUUCGAAUGAUUCGUUUUGCAUAUUGAAAUGCCGAUUUUUACAAUAAGUCAAGUAUUACAACUGUUGCUAAAUGUCCCUUUGAGAUGAUUUUGGUGUAAAAAAAACAAGGAUUUUUGAUAAAUUUGAGGUUUUAUAAUUUUUCCCCAUAUUUCGUCAGCAAGACUACUUUAAUUUAGGUAUUACUGUUAAGAAUGGCGACUAGCUACCAGCGCUGGGGCAGGUAAUGCUGCUACAACUUUAUUCGGUCUAGUUGUAUUUAGAUCUAGUGAAUUCUGUGGAUAAAAUAAGGUUAUACUUUUAUUCAUUUGUUUAAUUUUAGACUUUUGUUUAUGCAUGCUAUAUUUAGGAACUAUUCAUACAACUCUUUACAUUUCGUAGAAUUUUCACGUAAGAAAUAACUGAAGCGCAAUCAAAAUUUGAUAUAUAUAUAUAUUGUAUUGGAUAAAUAAAGGUUUUCUUCAUUUUUUAAUUGAGAUAAAACAUGUUUUUUAAGAACGGUCAAUUGAUUUUUGUAUCUUUUACGCAAUUAUUUAUUAUCGCAUAGGGGAUUGACAAUAUCGCCCAUCUAAAUCAUGUAUUUAAAUAUAUAAUCAUUACAUAUUCAUUGACACUAUGGUGUAUUUUAUUAAUUGUGACAUUUUCGCCACCGAAUGUGUUCAUAAGCUGUGAUCUCGAGAAUUAUUGGUUACUCUAUCGAGUAAGCCAUAGAAGAAAAUAAAAACGUUGAAAAUUUAA